AGUGAACACGUAUUUGAGGUGUCAUUUGAAGCUAUACGCGGUAGGAACUACAAAAGUGACAUUGCAUUGGAUGAUAUCAAGUUCCAGGACGGGCCAUGCGAUAAUUCAGCUUCCCUUGACUGUGAUUUUGAUGUUGACUUGUGCGAAUGGAAGUCAGUCCGAGGAACCAAUCGGUACCCAUGGAGGAGACGUACUGGGAGCACACCCAGCAGAGGAACGGGGCCGAGCGGCGACUCCACAGGAUCUACUUCAGGAUCAUACGUUUACAUGGAAACAUCUUAUUCUCGGCCAAGACGAACAGCUUACCUUGUCAGUCCGGAAGUCGCACCAUCYAGUCGCUCGCACUGCUUGAGCUUCUUYUAUCAUAUGUAUGGMAAAACAAUGGGAUCCCUCAACGUCAUCAUCGUGGACAAAAUCAAAAAACGUUAUUCAUUGUUGUCUACAAUAACUGGAAAUCAAGGCAACGUUUGGCAUUAUAAAGAAGUCACCAUUACCAGUCUUAAUAAAUACCAGGUUAUCUUCCAGGGAGUACGAGGGAAUGGAUAUCGUAGUGAUAUUGCUAUUGAUGACAUCGAGUUCAGGAAAGGCACAUGUUAACAUGUCCCAUGAUUGAAAACAAUCGGGUCUUGCUACUAGUACUAAAUGAUUAUGAGCACAUUCGGGAAUUUCUAAAAUAAAACUAAAAAAYCAAGWAGAAUCAAGAUGGCGUAAAAUUGUACYAAUAAUGAACAACAAUGURUCAACUUUGCACGUUUUAAGUACAGUCUUGCUUGUUGGGUAUGAAUUUAUUAAAAAAAGAAAUACACCGAUA